AUGGCCUUCUCCCUCUUCGUAGAAGCCACGCUAUCCGAAAGAUCAACAACGUUCGAGACAGAGGCAGCACUGCACAGUGGUAUUGGCAUUAUUCGGGAUCUGGAUCGUACAAGUCCCCAAGCCCAUCGCUACAUUGAUGUGUUAACAGAGCUUCGCAAUGCACUACAGAGCUACCGCGAGCGUCUCAUCCCACCUCGGAGAAAGAGCAGCGGACAGUUUCUCAGCCAGAUCUUUACGUUGGACCAGGAGAAGAGUACACCAGUAGCUCCAUACACUGAGAUGGCCGGACUGGCGUCUGCAGUAGUACCGCCUGAGCUUGGUGAUGAAUCAUCUGGGGGGUUGUUGAUGCUGCAGCAGGUGACAGAGGCGACGCAGAAUAUGAACAAUAUGUGGCGUAUACCAGAUGAAGGUCAGGCAUUCGUUGAUGAAUGUCUGCCCUUGGCAAUAGGUGGAUUGGACGUGCACUGGAAUGGGAUAUCAGUGCAGGGAACGGAUAACUUUCUGUUUGAUACAGAACCAUUUACUGAGAUGCUGAGUCAUUUCUAA